AUGGAAUUUUUAGAGAGUAAAAAUGAAUUUUUUGUAAGCUUUAUUCUUUAAUCUAGAAACCAAAACUCAUUUAAGAAAUGAAAAGAAAGAAAAUAAAGUAAUAGCGUUCUAGUCCUAAUUGGGAAGUAAUUGAAUAAGUUAUUAACAACAUCUAAUAAAAAACAUCCACAAUCCAUACAAUAAAGACUCUAAAUAAUGAUUUGCUUAAAGCUUUAACGUUUUAAGAUCUAUGUGGAUCAGAUAUAGCUUAUCAUUUAAUAAUAAAUAAUCAAGAAGAGUUAUUAAUUGAAAUAUUAGUAUAAGUUGAAUAAAUUUUUACUUCGGAUUUCAAUUAAGUCAUUCAAUCUGUUCUGAAAGGAAUUUUGUUGAUAAAAAAAGAAAUUAAUCAUAAAAAGUUAUUGGUAUUUAUAAAAUAACUAACUCAAUUAUUAAAUCCUAGACGUGAAACAGAAAAAGCUUAAAGUAUCAUAUUAAUAUAAUAUUUUAAGCAUUUUAAUUUAAUUUUGAUAUAGUAAUAAGUUCAAGAUUUAAUUAUCUCAAGAAUUUUUGGGAUUUAAAAUUAUUGUUAAAUAUUUAUAAGUUGCUUGGAAAUUUUUAAGUUGAAAUAGCUAAACUAAAAAACUUAAAGAAAGAUCUAUUCAUUAAAUAUAUUAUUAAUUCACAUCACUAGGAACAAAUUUAAUUCAAUCAUUUAAAAAUUGAAAAAUAUUUUUAAACAGAUUCCUAUAAUUACAUGUAACAAUUAAUAAUUUAUUCAAUAGUAAAUUGAUACACCUAAAGCAUUGGGAUCUGCUUUUCAAAUUAAAUCCUUCUUCAUUUUUUGUACCUCUCUAGGAUGGAUUUUCUAUUUAUAUGAGAUUAUUAAAAUCUGCCCCUUUUGAUUAUUUACUAGACUUUCAUCAAAUAAAUAAAUAAUUAAUUUCAGACAAUCUAAAUACAUAACAUAAGGGUAAUUAUAAUAUUUUGCAUUGCAUAUCUGAAAAUUAUAAUUCUUUUAAUGAGCAAUUCUUAUCACAUUUAUAGUAAUUGAAUUUAGAUCAUCUUAAAACAUAGGCAUAUUUUGAUUAAAUACCUGUAGUAUUAUAUUUAAAGAAAUAAAAAUCUAUUAAUCAGAAUUUUUUAAAUUAUCUUUUGGCUGGUGUUUAAGAUUAAAAUAAUUAAUAAUAUGAAGGUUUAUAAUUAUUAAUUUAAAUAUAUGCAAGAAUAAUAUUUUAAUAACAAAAAGAUAAAACUAAAUUCCUUGAAAAAAGAAUUGUUAAAAAGAGUAGAAAUAAAAAAAUAAAAUACAACUACAGACUUAAAAAUUAUAAAAAAAUUAAAUCAAAAUAUAAAUUGAGCAAAAAAUAGAGCAAUGAAAAUGUAUAAUUCAAAACAUAAUUAAAUUAAUUUUCAAAUGACAUUAAGACUUGUGCUUAAAAUAUUUAUGAAAAUAUGGCUGCUGUGCAUAAAAUAUUAAAUUUAAAAGGAAUUAAUUUAGACUUUCAUAUCACAUAAUACAGUUUCUCAUUAUGUCAUUUUGAUUAUAAUAUAUUUAAACUGGAUUAACCAUUAAUCUUGUUUAAUAAUGAUUCCAAAUUGUUAGAUUAAUUUUUAGUCUAUCUUAAUAAUGAUUUUUGCUCAAAUAUUGAUUAAUAAAUUGUUCAAGCUAUAGAAACUUUAUUAAAAGAUCAAAAAUUAACAAUUUCAAUAGAUGAUUUAAUAGUCUAAAGAAAAAUUAUUAUUUUGAAUGCUUUAUUAUAGUAGAAUAGAACAGAAGAAGAAUCUUAAAAAAUAAAAAGUUAAAUCAUGAAUUUAUUGGAAAAUAAUUAAAAUAGAUUUAAAAAACCUUUCUGUAGCUUUUCUAAUUAUAAAGUAUUCUAGGAUUAUUUAAUAUGUAAUAAUCUAAUUACUUUUGAGGCAUAUUAGGUUGAAGAUGCAUAUGAUUCAGUUAUAAAUCUUCUAAAAUUAAAACAUGAAAAUGAAAUCAAUAUUUUGGGUUUAGCUUAACAAGUUUAAAGAGUAGAAUAGUAUCCAAGUUUGCAUAAUUUACUUUAGAUAUGUUUUUAAUAAAAGAAAUUAAAUAAACUUAACAUUUAUUACAAAUGGGAAAGUUAAGAAGAUUUCCUUGAUGAUUUCUUUCGAUAGAGUUCACUUAAAAAUAGUUUAAUCAGAACUCCUUAAGGAAUAGAACUUCUUUUUUAAACCAUUAAUAGAAGAUUACACAUUUAUUUGCUUAAGAGUAUUCUUUAUAACUUCUAAGAAGAAUGCAUUGUUAAAUUCUUUUAAUUAUUUUAUAAAAUUGAAUCAAAAAAUACCUAUAAAAAAGAAAAAAGACAUUUUAAUUUAAUAGUAUGUCAAGUGACUUAAUAAUAAUUAGGAUUGUUAUUUUAUUAUUAAUUAUAAGGAAUAAGAGUGCAGUUUAAUUUAAGAUAAAAAAAGAAACUUAACUUAAAAGCAACUACUAUUUAAGAAGAAGUUAUUUUAUAAUAAAUUUAUGAAAAUAAAAAUUUUUUAUAAGUUUUAGUUUCAAAUGAUAAAUAUUCAGAAUUUUUAUAAGUGAGUUUGAAAUUUUAUCCUUUAUUUUAAAAAGGAGAUAAUCUUGAUUAUGUAUUGGAAGCCUUAAAUUAAGAAGCUUAUAAAAAUUUGGCAAUUUUGGAAUAAUGGAUUUUUGAGAGAUUUGCUAAUUGCUAAAAUUACAAUAAAUAUAAAUAAACUAUGUUUAUUUUUUUAAGAAAUUAUAGUUUUUUAAUAUAUGGGGUUUUUGGAAAGGAAGCUAUGAAUAUUGAUAGAGUAAAAUUUAAUAGAUAAAUAUAAAACUAUUGUGGUAUAUUUGAAAGAUAAAUCAAACUUUAAUAGAGUUUAAAUCAUCCUACAUUUUUUAACUUUGAUGCUCAUAAAAAAUUUGCAAGAUUCUUUAUUAUUUAUAUGAAUGAAGAAAAUACUCAUAAAUUUAAUGAGUUCCUCAAAUUAUUCUUUAAUUCUUAUAAAUCAUCAUUUAUGAUAAAAUAUAUUCGAAAUUGUGAAAAAGCAUUUAUACCAGAAUUAUUGAGUUUUCAUAAUAAAAAAAAAUUUUUUGAUAUACUUGCUCAUUGGGAUUUAAUUACAAAAGAUGAAUCUGAAAUAAAAUUAAUUAUUGAAAGAUUCAGAAACUUAUAAAAUGAUGAAGAAGACUGUUUUGGAAUCUAUGUAUAUCAAUAUAUUGUUAAUUAUUAUCUAAUUAAUUUUGAUGAUAUAAAAUUUAUAGAACCUUAUUUUAAAAAAACUCAAUUCUAAAAUUAUUAAAUGGAAAAAUUAUUUUUAAAAUUAUUAAAAACUAAUUAAAUUAGAAAAAUAGAAUUUAUCUUAUUAAAUUCAAACAUCAAAUAGAAACGUUAUUCAAAAAGAUUAAUUGAUUAAAAUGAAAAUUAUUUAAGAGCUUUAAGAUUGCAUUGGAGUUUAGCAUUAACAACCAAUUAAUUUAAAGAUUUAGUUUAAAAUAAUGUAAUCUAAGAUGAAGUAAAAGAAUAAGUUCUUGAAAUGUUAACUAAUUCUGGACAUUUUGAAAAAUUAGAAAUUGUUUCUGAUUGGAUUGUUAAUAAUGAUAAAUUAAUAGAAUUAACUUCUAUAGCAUGUUCGCUUCUUAUUAAAGAAUAUAUUUGGUAAAAUAAAAAAUUUAUUUCUUUAUCAAUUCCAACAUUUACAUAUCAGAAAACUUAAAUGAAUAACACUUUAAGUAAAGAAUCUAAUAGCUCUAUUGAAACUCCCUACUUAUUCACUAAUCGGAUGAAAACUGCUAAGGUUUUAUAUAAUUUAUUAGAUUAAAGAGAUAUUGAUUUAAGAAAUUAUGAUUAAAAUUAUAUUUUAUUCUAAAUUCUUUUCCCAAAUACAAAAUGGACUUUUGAUGAUUAAAAUUGUUCCUUGGUUACUAAAUUUUUGAAAACAAUGAAAUUGAAUUUAUUGAAAGAUAAUUGGAAAUGUUAUAUGGAGAUAAUAGUAAAAAAUGCAAAAUUUUAUUUUGAAGUUGAAUAUGAUUUUUUAACUGUUAGACAUAGUAAAUAUACUGAAUCAUGGAAUUAUUAAAAAAAUUUAAUUGAUAUGUUGGUACCCAUCUAUUAAAAUAUUUCUAAAGAUAGUCCAACUACAAUUUAUUUAAAAUAAAUUUAAUCCAUGUUUAAUCAAACUAGUAAGUAAAAAAUUAAAUUAUAUAAUUUUUCAAAAGAACUUUAAAAUGUGUUUGAAGAUAUAUAAUUAGAUUUUUAAAAUAUAAAUUAAAGAUAAGCUAAUAUUUAUUAUGGACUUCCAUUCGAAAUUGCAACAUUUAACGAAUUAGAUUUAUUUUUAGCUUUAAUGGGCAGAUAAUAAUAUUCAAUUAUUAAAAUACUCAAUAAUCCAAACAUUCAUAUUGCAACUCUAGUAAAUAAAUUUCAUAUUAUUUAAUAUCUAAUUAAACAUGGAUAUGAAAAUACAGUUAUUGAAGUUUUAAAACUAUUAUCUUCAGAUGAAAUUAAUGAAUCUUAAUUCUUUCAUAAUGGUUUACCUCUACUUACAUAUAUUGUUUUUAAAAAAUGGUAUAAAUUAUAUCAAUUUGCAUCAUAACAUUUAAAUAAUUAAUGGACUUUAAAGCCAAAGAUUCUUGAAUCAACCUUUAAUGGUUAAACUAAAGAAUUAACCAUACAUCAAUUUGCUUUAUUAAAUUAAUUUUAUGUAUAUAAUGAAUUACCUAUAGAGAAAAAAUUCAUUUUAAGAACAAGUUAAUUUUUAAUACCUAAUGCUCAUAAUAUUUAACUCAAAGCCUAUAGGAUUUAUUCAAUACUUAAAAUCUUAUUUAAUAAAAUGUCGUUAAGAAAACUUGAAAUUAUUAGUUUAUAAUAUCUAUCUCUUAAAGAUGAGACUUCAAAUAGUUUGGAAUUUUUGAUGAAGAAAUUUGGUAAAAACCUAUUCAUCGAAAAUUUAUUUUUAUCAAUUUAUGAUAAUACUAAAAAUUAAAAAAAAGAGCUUGUAUUAGAUUUAAUGAAUGAACUAGGACUUAGUUGUUCAACAUCUUUAGAAUAAUUUAAUUAAGUUUAAUUGGAAUACCUAUUUAAAUAAAUAUAUAAUAAACAAGGUCAUUAUCAUAUUUUAAUGGAUUAAAUUUUAAGAUUAGCUCCAAAUUCAUUUAUUAAUAAUGAAAUUUUGGAUUCUCCUAAUUUAGCUUUAAUUGUUGCAUAACAUGGAAAAUUUGAAGCUUUGUAAAAUUUAGUUUCAAUUUAAGAUUUUGGUCAAAAUUAUACAAGACUUGUAUCAUCUCAUUUUAUUAGAAUUAUAUUGAUGAUAAAAUAUGGUUAAAAUUAUGAUCCAUUAAUUGAUCCUAAUCAAAUAGAUAAUAUUCAUAUGAAAUACUAUGUAAAUGCAUUAGAUUAAAUUGAAUCUGGAUAAUAAGGUUCUAUUAGUAUUUAAUUUAUGAAUUAACUUGUACCAAUGUUACAUGUUGAAAAUUCAUCAAUCUAAUAUAUUGAUCAAUUUUUUGUAUAAUUAAAAUCAGAAAAUAAUUAAAUUAAAAAAGCAUUUAAAAUAAUAAUCAAAUUGAAAGAAUUAAAUUAUGAACUUGAAUAAAUAGAAUUGAAAGCAAUAGCUAAAUCUGAUUAUCUAGUAAAAUAAUUUAAAUUUUAAUUUGGAGAUAAAUUUAAUCUUGUUUAAAAUGGAGAAUCUUCAAUAAUUGUAAUCCCCUUUAAUUAUUAAGAAGAUGAACUUUAAGAAUUUUUAAAUAUUUUACCAUGCUUUUUCAAAGAAUAAUAUUAAAAUGCAAUUUUGAAGAAAGCAUUUUAAAAGAAAGGAUUAUAUAAAAAGAAAAAAUAAAUUGAUAUCAAAUUUGAAGAAAACAAUUUGUCUACAUUAUAUAAUGAUUUGAGAUAUUUAAUUCCACUAUUAUUAGAACAAAAAAAUCCUGUUGAUGAACUUGAUUAUAAGAAUUAAUAUUAAAUAAAAGGAUGGUAAUAACUCUCAAAAAAAGAUCAUGAUGAAAACUGUUUUGUCUAUACACAAACUGUUUAAUUUACAUAAUCAUGGGCAUAAACUAUAUUUAAUUAAGAACCUCAAAAAUCAGAAUACUUUAAAAAAUAUCCAAAUCUUAUAUUAGUUUUCUUUAAUGAAAAAGCAAUAUUUAAUUAAGUUGAAAUACAAGCCUAAUUAACUCAUUCUUUAAAAUAGAUUAUAUUUCUUUCAACUUAAAGUUUAGAUUUUAAAGGAAAAAUAGAAUUAGAAUCAUUUAUGUAAGUUUUUUUCUUUAACAAACAAAUUUACUCUAUUUUUGAUAAUUGGUACAAUCUAAUUAAUUCAAUUUCAAAUUAUUAAACAUUAAUAAAUACUUUAUAACAUAUAUUAUCCUUUAUUUGUUAAAUUAAAGAGUUAUAUGAAUUAGAAUCGGAAAAUUAAAUUAUAAUAAAAUUUUAAUAAAGUACAAAUGAAGGAAUUUCACCUAAAAAUAAUUAUUUAGAUGAUUACUUUUACUUUUGUAAACCUUCUAUAUUUUUUGAAACAAAUAAAUUGAUAAUUAAUAUUCCUGUAAGUUAAAAUGGUCAAAAAGUAGAGGUUGAAAAUUAUUUAGAUCAAAUUUUUAAUUUGAAUGAUUUAGAUUAAUUUGUCAAAGAAUAGUUUUCUUUACAAGAUAGUUUAGAUGCUUUGAUUUAUAGAUAUUAAUUAUAAAAGAGUGCAAAAGAGGCUUGUGAAAAAUUUAGAAAAUCAAAUAAUUUUGAUAUUUUUAUUUAAUUUGAUUAAAAUGAGUUAAAAUAAUAAAUAGAAUCACUUAAUUAUGAAUAGCAAUCAGAUUAUCUUAGUAAAUUCAAAACGUAUUUUUAAUAUACUUUAGAUCUAGAUUUACAAAAUUUAAUAACUGGUAACAGAUUCUAAUAAUUUUAUAAAGAGAGUUUAUGUUCAGGAAAAUAUUUUUAGAAACCAUUAGAUAUUGGAAAUUUCUCUUAAUAUAAUAUUAAUUCAUUAAAGAAUAGUUUUGGUAUAGUAUUAAAUAAAGAACAAUUUUUUGAAAAUGUUUCAAAGAAAAGAAUUUAUCAUGUAUUUUAUACAAAGAAAAAUAGAAAUUAUGCAGUAUUUUGCUAAUAUAUUAAAUCAUCAAAGAAUAGAAAUUAUUUCAUUUAACUUGAUAAAUAAAAACUAAAGAAAAGGUAUAAUAGGAAAGCUAAUUUAUAAAUAAAAAGUGAAUAUAUAAAAGGAGCAAUUUAUUAUACUUACGAAUACAAGACUUUAAUUCCAUAACAAAACUAAAAAUUAAUACUUAUAGACAAUGAAGGACAUUAUUAUUUAAAUUAAGAUUUAAAUUUUGCAAGUUAAAUAUAAGAACAUACAACAUUAUCUGAUAAUAUAAAAGUUACAAGAUUAUGUUUUAAUCUUUCAUUUUAGAGAUAAAACAUUGGAUAAAAUAUUCUAUAUUUUAAUUAAGUUGAUUUUAGAUUAAAAGAUUAUUUAGAAACAUCUGCUGUUGAAUCAGAUAAAUCUUAUGGAUUGAAAAGAUUAAAGAUGGAUAAAUCUGUAAUAAAAAUAGAUCCUUAAUUAGCAGAAUAUGAUAGACAUUGUGAAGAAUCAACUAAUAAGAAUAAAGAAUAAAUCAAUAGAAAAUAAAAUAGAAUGUUUUUAACUAUUUUAUCGUAUGCUUCUGACAAAGUUGAAACACAAUUAUAAUAUGAUAUUCCUAAUGAAAAUACAAAAUUAAAAGAAGAAAAUUAGGAUUUAUUAACAGAAUAUUGUAAAUAAUAUAGAAAACAAUAAUAUUAAUCUCGUGCUGGAGAAUCAAGAUAGGAUAAAAUACACUUUUAUGAUAGCUUAAAUGAUCCUAUAAAGGAUUAAAAAAUAAUUAAUCAAAUAAAAUGUUAUAUAUAACAUGAAAAAUUUGAUGAAAUAGUUCAUUAUCCAAAUAUUACUUAUGAUAAUGGUAUAAUUUUAAAUUGGAUUCCUUAUAUUAAAGGAUAAUAUAAGAUAUUUGUUAAUGGUUAAAAAAUGAAUUUUAAAUUUGCUGUAAUAGCAUCAAAGGAAGUUUCUUAUUAGAAAUACAAAUUAAUAAAAGAUGUAUAAGAAUUUGAAUAUUUUGUUGAGUAAGUUAUAUAAUUUGAAUUAUUUGAUAACUUUAAUAAUUUAAUUACAAAAUCAGAUGAAUUACCAUCUACUUUAUCUGUAAAAGUCGUUAAUUUAGAUGUAAGUGUUAAAUAAAGAUCUGAUUAUAAUGAUAGUAGUUGUUAAUUAUUUAUUUAGUUUUGCAAUUUUUCUAAACCUAAUGAAAAAGAAGAUGAAUGUAAAUUAGAGAUAAAUUUAAAUGAUGAGACUAUUAUAUAAGGUAAAUUAGUCUAGAUAAAACCAUAACCAUUAACACAAAAGAGAAUUGAUAAAUUUGCAUCUAAAUUUACCUAUAGAAGUUCAAUUUAGUUUUUAAUAAUCAGAGCAAACUUCCUAAACUCAUUAGCAUAAAUGGAUAAUCAUAAAGGUUAAAAAGUUAUAAAGAUAAAUUUCCUUUAAGAAAUUGCAAAUGAUUAAGGAGGACCUUCUAGAGAGUUCUUUUGUUUAUUGGGAAAAUAACUUAAGGAUCCAGAAAAUAAUUUAUUCAAAACAACUCCUAAUCAUGGAUACUAUUAUCUUAGUGAUGGUAUAUUAUAAGUUAAUGAAUCAAUAUCAUAUGCUAUUGGAAUGUUGAUUGCUUAUGGAAUUGCAAAUAAAUUAAAACUUGGAAUUUCAUUUGCAUUACCUUUUUGGAAAAUUAUAUGUGAAUUACCUAUAGAAUUUUCUGAUUUAAGUUAUGUUGUUGAACCUUAAAUUUAUUAAAGUUAUCUUUAUUUAAAAAAUUUAAGUGAAGAUGUAUUACUUUAAUAAGAAAUUUAUUUUGUUAAUCAAUCAGAUGAAACUUAAUUAUGUUUUGAUGGUAAAUCAAAAAAAGUUGAUUGUAAUAAUUUAGAUGAAUAUUUACUCUUAUCUGCUAGAUAUUUAAUUUAUUAAAAGUAUGAAAAAGUUUAUAAAUAAAUAAAAAAAGGAUUCUUAGGAUAAUUUGAUCCAAAAUUAUUAGUUUAGAAUUUUUCACUCUAUGAAAUAAAUUAAUUGAUAGACAUUAUUGAUUAUUAAAUAAAUAAGGAAAAGUUACUAAAAUGCAUUCAUUAUUCAAGGAGAAAUUAAAUAAAUGAAAAUUACUUUAUUUAGUAUAUCAGUGAAGCAGAUCAAGAAAAAUUAGAACAUUUCUUAACAUUUAUAACAGGUAUUUAAAAAAUUAAUAAUUUUAGGUAGUAAGUUUUAGAAUAUGGAGAAUUUUAAGAUUGAUAUAUAAACAAAUUUAGAACUUUAGAAAACUAGACUUCCAGUAUCUAGAACAUGUAGUAAUGUAUUAAUAAUACCAUAAUAUCCUUCAUAUAAUGAAUUUAAAGCCAAAAUGGAUGUAGCGUUAGAUUGGGGAUUAGAAUUCUUUGGAUAAGGUUGAAUUUUAUA